CCCCGCGCACUCGCCGCGCCCGGGCAGCGGCCCGACCGGGCGAGCAUGGGCGGCGCGGAGUGACGCCGCCGUGCCCGCUUGGCAUCAAGGACAUUCAGCCCGCGGGGGUGGGGACGAAGGGGGGCAGCCCCGCGUCGCCACCGCAGCCCCAGAGAGCCGCCGCCGCAGCCGCCGCCGCCGCUGCUCCGGCUCCGGGCUAGGUGGAGGAAAGGGGUGCUUGGAUCCGAUCCACAUUCUCCGACCUUUUUAUUGGACAUUCCGCCCACCUCGGACGCCGCCGGAGGAGCUGUCAAGCCCCGCAGGCUGUGAUUUCGCCCUCCGUUUCCCUUGCCUCCUCCUGGGUUCCCGGUGCCUCGGCGGAGUAUUUGCGUUCGGGGCUGGGGCUGGAGGAGGCAGCCACACGCGCGCACACGCACACGUUCAGAGGAGGACGAGAGGCAGCGGCACAGGCACCAUCUGCAGUGUCAAUGCGGCGCUUCCGCUGAAGGAGGCAAGAGCCGCGCUCCCAGGGAGCCUCCACUCCUGAGUCCUGGCCCUCCGAGGAGGCCCCUGUGCCAAGUGCUACCGUGCCGCGAGGACCCGUUUCUGAAAUGAAAGCCAUGCCGUGGAAUUGGACUUGCCUGCUCUCCCAUCUCCUGAUGGUGGGGAUGGGCUCCUCCACUCUGCUCCCCCGGCAGCCACCCCCAGUGUCCCAGAAGCGGUCUUUUGUUACGUUCCGCGGGGAGCCAGCUGAGGGUUUCAAUCACUUGGUGGUGGACGAGAGGACAGGGCACAUUUAUUUGGGGGCCGUCAACCGGAUCUACAAGCUCUCCAGUGACCUGAAGGUCUUGGUGACCCACCAGACAGGGCCGGACGAGGACAACCCCAAGUGUUACCCACCCCGCAUCGUCCAGACGUGCAAUGAGCCCCUGACCACCACCAACAAUGUCAACAAGAUGCUCCUGAUAGACUACAAGGAGAAUAGGCUGAUUGCCUGUGGGAGCCUGUAUCAAGGCAUCUGCAAGCUUCUCAGGCUGGAGGACCUCUUCAAGCUGGGGGAGCCUUUUCACAAAAAGGAACACUACCUGUCUGGAGUCAACGAGAGCGGCUCUGUCUUUGGAGUGAUCGUCUCCUACAGCAACCUAGAUGACAAGCUCUUCAUCGCCACAGCAGUGGAUGGGAAGCCAGAGUACUUCCCUACCAUCUCCAGCCGGAAGCUGACCAAGAACUCAGAGGCGGACGGCAUGUUCGCUUACGUCUUCCACGAUGAGUUUGUGGCCUCGAUGAUUAAGAUCCCUUCAGACACCUUCACUGUCAUCCCUGACUUUGACAUCUACUAUGUCUAUGGCUUCAGCAGUGGCAAUUUUGUCUACUUUUUGACGCUUCAGCCUGAGAUGGUGUCUCCACCAGGCUCCACCACAAAGGAGCAGGUCUAUACAUCCAAGCUUGUGAGGCUUUGCAAAGAGGACACCGCCUUCAACUCCUACGUGGAGGUGCCCAUUGGCUGUGAGCGCGGCGGGGUGGAGUACCGCUUGCUGCAGGCCGCCUACCUAUCCAAAGCCGGGGCUGUGCUCGCCCGGACCCUCGGAGUCCGUCCGGAGGACGACCUCCUGUUCACUGUCUUCUCCAAGGGCCAGAAACGGAAAAUGAAAUCCCUGGAUGAGUCAGCCCUGUGCAUCUUCAUCUUGAAGCAGAUCAACUAUCGCAUUAAGGAGCGACUGCAGUCCUGCUACCGGGGCGAGGGCACGCUGGACCUGGCCUGGCUUAAGGUGAAGGACAUUCCCUGCAGCAGUGCGCUCUUAACCAUUGAUGAUAAUUUCUGCGGCCUGGAUAUGAAUGCCCCCCUGGGCGUGUCUGAGAUGGUGCGUGGCAUUCCCGUCUUCACGGAGGACAGGGACCGCAUGACUUCUGUCAUUGCCUACGUCUACAAGAAUCACUCUCUGGCCUUCGUGGGCACCAAAAGUGGCAAGCUGAAGAAGAUCCGGGUAGAUGGGCCCAGGGGCAGUGCCCUCCAGUAUGAGACUGUGCAGGUGGUAGACCCCGGCCCAGUCCUCCGGGAUAUGGCCUUCUCCAAGGACCACGAGCAACUCUACAUCAUGUCAGAAAGGCAGCUCACUAGAGUCCCUGUGGAGUCCUGUGGUCAGUAUCGGAGCUGCAGUGAGUGCCUUGGCUCUGGUGAUCCCCACUGCGGCUGGUGUGUGCUCCACAACACGUGCACCCGGAAGGAGCGCUGUGAGAGGUCCAGAGAGCCCCGCAGGUUUGCCUCUGAGAUGAAACAGUGUGUCCGGCUGACUGUCCAUCCCAGCAACAUCUCUGUGUCCCAGUACAAUGUCCUGCUGGUCCUAGAGACAUACAAUGUCCCGGAGCUGUCAGCUGGAGUCAACUGCACCUUUGAGGACCUGUCAGAGAUGGAUGGGCUGGUGGUAGGCAAUCAGAUCCAGUGCUACUCCCCAGCAGCCAAGGAGGUGCCCCGAAUAAUCACAGAGAAUGGGGACCACCAUGUCGUCCAGCUGCAGCUCAAGUCGAAGGAGACGGGCAUGACCUUUGCCAGCACCAGCUUUGUCUUCUACAACUGCAGCGUCCACAAUUCGUGCCUGUCCUGUGUUGAGAGCCCAUACCGCUGCCACUGGUGUAAAUACCGGCACGUCUGUACCCAUGACCCCAAGACUUGUUCCUUCCAGGAAGGCCGAGUGAAGCUGCCUGAGGACUGCCCCCAGCUGCUGCGAGUGGACAAGAUCCUGGUGCCCGUGGAGGUGAUCAGGCCAAUCACUCUCAAGGCCAAGAACCUUCCCCAGCCACAGUCUGGGCAGCGCGGGUAUGAAUGCAUCCUCAACAUCCAAGGCAGCGAGCAGAGGGUGCCCGCCCUACGCUUCAACAGCUCCAGCGUGCAGUGCCAGAACACCUCUUAUUCCUAUGAAGGGAUGGAGAUCAACAACCUGCCUGUGGAGUUGACAGUUGUGUGGAACGGGCACUUCAACAUCGACAACCCAGCUCAGAACAAAGUUCACCUCUAUAAGUGCGGAGCCAUGCGGGAGAGCUGCGGGCUGUGCCUGAAGGCGGACCCGGACUUCCAGUGCGGCUGGUGCCAGAGUCAGGGCCAGUGCACCCUGAGGCAGCACUGCCCCGUUCACGAGAGCCCGUGGUUGGAGCUGUCGGGCGCAAACAGCAGGUGCACCAACCCCCGCAUCACAGAGAUAAUCCCAGUCACGGGUCCUCGGGAAGGGGGCACCAAGGUCACCAUCCGAGGGGAGAACCUGGGUCUGGAAUUCCGGGACAUCGCCUCCCAUGUGAAGGUGGCCGGUGUGGAGUGCAGCCCUUUAGUGGAUGGCUACAUCCCUGCAGAACAGAUCGUGUGUGAGAUGGGGGAGGCCAAGCCGAGCCAGCACGCAGGCUUCGUGGAGAUCUGUGUGGCCGUGUGUCGGCCUGAGUUCAUGGCCCGGUCCUCACAACUCUAUUACUUCAUGACGCUGACACUCUCGGACCUGAAGCCCAAACGGGGGCCCAUGUCGGGGGGCACCCAAGUGACCAUCACGGGCACCAACCUGAACGCGGGCAGCAAUGUGGUGGUGAUGUUCGGGAAGCAGCCUUGCCUCUUCCACAGACGCUCUCCAUCCUACAUCGUCUGCAACACCACAUCCUCAGAUGAGGUGCUAGAAAUGAAGGUGAUGGUGCAAGUGGACAAGGCCAGCAUCCACCAGGACCUGUUCUUCCAGUAUGUGGAGGACCCUACCAUCGUGCGGAUCGAGCCAGAGUGGAGCAUAGUCAGUGGAAACACACCCAUCGCCGUAUGGGGGACUCACCUGGACCUCAUACAGAAUCCCCAGAUCCGUGCCAAGCAUGGAGGGAAGGAGCACAUCAAUCUCUGUGAGGUCCUGAACGCCACUGAGAUGACCUGCCAGGCUCCGGCCCUCGCUCUGGGGCCCGACCACCAGUCUGACCUGACCGAGAGGCCUGAGGAGUUUGGCUUCAUCCUGGACAACGUCCAGUCCCUGCUAAUCCUCAACAAGACCAACUUCACCUACUAUCCCAACCCCGUGUUUGAGGCCUUCGGGCCCUCAGGAGUCCUGGAGCUCAAGCCUGGCACUCCCAUCAUCCUGAAGGGCAAGAACCUGAUCCCACCGGUGGCUGGGGGUAAUGUGAAGCUGAACUACACGGUGCUGGUUGGGGAGAAGCCGUGCACGGUGACGGUGUCGGAUGUGCAGCUGCUCUGCGAGUCCCCCAACCUCAUCGGCAGGCACAAAGUGAUGGCCCGAGUCGGUGGCAUGGAGUACUCCCCGGGGAUGGUGUAUGUGGCCCCGGACAGCCCGCUCAGCCUGCCCGCCAUCGUCAGCAUCGCCGUGGCAGGCGGCCUCCUGGUCAUCUUCAUCGUAGCCGUCCUCAUCGCCUACAAACGCAAGUCCCGCGAAAGUGACCUCACGCUGAAGCGGCUGCAGAUGCAAAUGGACAACCUGGAGUCGCGUGUGGCCCUGGAGUGCAAAGAAGCUUUUGCCGAGCUGCAGACGGACAUCCAUGAGCUGACCAGUGACCUGGACGGAGCUGGGAUCCCCUUCCUGGAUUACAGAACGUACACCAUGCGGGUGCUGUUCCCAGGGAUUGAAGACCAUCCUGUGCUCCGAGACCUCGAGGUCCCGGGCUACCGGCAGGAGCGCGUGGAGAAGGGCCUGAAGCUCUUUGCCCAGCUCAUCAACAACAAGGUGUUCCUGCUGUCCUUCAUCCGCACCCUGGAGUCCCAGCGAAGCUUUUCCAUGCGCGACCGCGGCAACGUGGCCUCGCUCAUCAUGACGGUGCUGCAGAGCAAGCUGGAGUAUGCGACCGACGUGCUGAAGCAGCUGCUGGCCGACCUCAUCGACAAGAACCUGGAGAGCAAGAACCACCCCAAGCUGCUGCUCAGGAGGACUGAGUCGGUGGCUGAGAAGAUGUUGACCAAUUGGUUCACUUUUCUGCUCUACAAGUUCCUCAAGGAGUGCGCCGGGGAGCCCCUCUUCUCGCUGUUCUGUGCCAUCAAGCAGCAGAUGGAGAAGGGGCCCAUCGAUGCCAUCACAGGAGAGGCCCGCUACUCCCUGAGUGAGGACAAGCUUAUCCGCCAACAGAUCGACUACAAAACCCUGGUGCUGAGCUGUGUCAACCCAGACAAUGCCAACAGCCCCGAGGUCCCAGUAAAGAUCCUCAACUGCGACACCAUUACUCAGGUCAAGGAGAAGAUUCUGGAUGCCAUCUUCAAGAAUGUGCCCUGCUCCCACCGGCCCAAGGCUGCAGACAUGGACCUGGAGUGGCGACAAGGAAGCGGGGCGAGGAUGAUCCUACAGGAUGAAGACAUCACCACCAAGAUUGAGAAUGACUGGAAGAGACUGAACACGCUGGCCCAUUACCAGGUGCCAGAUGGUUCUGUGGUGGCUUUAGUGUCCAAGCAGGUGACAGCCUACAAUGCCGUGAACAACUCCACAGUCUCCAGGACCUCGGCAAGUAAAUAUGAAAACAUGAUCCGAUACACCGGCAGUCCUGACAGCCUCCGCUCGCGCACACCCAUGAUCACCCCCGACCUGGAGAGCGGAGUCAAGAUGUGGCAUCUGGUGAAGAACCACGAGCACGGGGACCAGAAGGAGGGCGACCGGGGGAGCAAGAUGGUGUCUGAAAUCUAUCUGACGCGUCUGCUGGCCACGAAGGGCACGCUGCAGAAGUUUGUGGACGACCUGUUCGAGACCAUCUUCAGCACGGCACACCGGGGCUCGGCCCUGCCCCUGGCCAUCAAGUACAUGUUCGACUUCCUGGACGAACAGGCCGACAAACACGGCAUCCACGACCCGCACGUCCGCCACACCUGGAAGAGCAACUGCCUACCCCUGCGGUUUUGGGUCAACAUGAUCAAGAACCCUCAGUUUGUGUUCGACAUCCAUAAGAACAGCAUCACGGACGCCUGCCUCUCCGUGGUGGCCCAGACCUUCAUGGACUCCUGCUCCACAUCAGAGCACCGACUGGGCAAGGACUCCCCUUCCAACAAGCUGCUCUAUGCCAAGGACAUCCCCAGCUACAAGAACUGGGUGGAGAGGUAUUACUCGGACAUCGGGAAGAUGCCGGCCAUCAGCGACCAGGACAUGAACGCAUACCUGGCCGAGCAGUCCCGGAUGCACAUGAAUGAGUUCAACGCCAUGAGCGCACUCUCGGAGAUCUUCUCCUACGUGGGCAAGUACAGCGAGGAGAUCCUCGGACCUCUGGACCAUGACGACCAGUGUGGGAAGCAGAAACUGGCCUACAAACUAGAACAAGUCAUAACCCUCAUGAGCUUAGACAGCUGAGAACCGUCCUUCCAGGGCCCCUGGGGGGAGGGACACACCAAGCCGUGCCUCAGUCUAGAUUAUCAUCUUUACCAAGUGCAAGUUCCGACUGGCGUCAGCAGCAUCCCCUGAGCAGCGCUGUCUCUCUCUCCGCCUCUUUGCGUCUCUCCCUUCUCCCUGCAUCCCUUCUCUCAGUUGCUCUGCCAACACGACCGAACCACACCGCCACCCCUCAGUUAGUCCAGGAUGGCCAGGCUCAGGCGAGGGGCCCAGCCAGAAGAUACCAGAGGGGCUCUCUUUACCGGGUGAGCCCAGGCGUCAGCAGCGGGGCCUGAAAGAUGGCCGAGGAGCCGCGGAGAGAGGACGUUCCUGUGUUGCUGCUCCCCCCCCCUCGCACGCUGGGCCGGACCUUGGUCUAGGGAAGAGGCAAUGAGCUCAGUAUUAUCUUCACUGGGAAGACAUCACCUGGCUCUCUCCCUUCUCACAUUUCCACCUCCAGGGGGUCCUCUGUGUGUGGCUCUGUUGUAACUGUGAGAAAGGCCACAGCUCCUGCAUGGCCAGAGUGGGGGCAGGGGUGAGGAGCUGGGAGGUGCUUUUCAAGCUGCCUCUCACUUGUGUUGGUGUCCCGAGGCUUCCUGUCCCCUUCCGGUCUUCUUGGAGCCCUUCCCAGUGCUCCUAGGGACCUGCCUGUCCCAUCUCCUCCCCUGUCUGUGGAAAGCCAGACAGGAGAAACAGCAGUUACCUUCCACGAUGGAGAGCCUCCAGACCUUCUGGUCUGGCUCAAAGGGGCAGAAACAUAACAUGGAGGGGGAGAAAGGGAAAGAGAGUUGCAUCCACCCUGGAAGCAGAAUUUGUUGUUUUUCAUUCACCACCCAGCCCCCCCAAGUGCAAGUGAAGCACGCCCGUGGUCAUGGGUCUAAUCGAUUGCCAGAUCUUCGAUGCUGUCCAGAGAAAGCACCUGCAUCCUCCUUGGUUGGCGCUCAUCAAGGGUCAAUGUAAAAUGCAGAGUACAUCCAGGAGAUUCUACCUCCAGCCGCCUUUAUGGCUCCAUCCUCACCACCCUUCCUGAGAACUCUAGAGAAUGCUGGGGCAGAGAGCCGAGCCCCCGCCCCCCUGCAGAGCCUGGUGCCAUUGCUAUGCAGAUGACUUUGUCAUUCCACUGUCCAGACCUCCUUGGCAAUGACUCCUUCAACAUCCUCUGUCUCCUCAGUCACUGCCCUUCCUCACCUCCUCCCCAGUCAUUAUGGAAAGAAUCACACUCAAGCACAGCCUCAUGGAGACAAACCAAAAUGCCAGCCAAACUCAGCCCCCAGCUUGCCAUGUCCGGGACGGACCGAGAACUCUAGCUGAAGGACGUGGCCAGCAGCGACAGAAGAGAUAUACAAUGGACCUCAGCCCUGGCGUCUGUUUCUCCAUCUGUCCCUCCAUCUCUGGAUGGAUCAUUUCAGCUUGUCAGGCAAAUGUGUGCUGAGACAUGGGUGAGCAGGGGCUGUGGUAAGAAACGGUCCAAAAGAGGGGUCACGGAAACCUUAAUCCUGAAGGGACCUUAGAUGCCAUCUGACCCAGUUUCCCACCAUAAACAAGAUUCUCUCCUGGCAGCCUUGGUGGCUAGUUGUACACCACUCUGAGAGAUGAGAAGCAUCAUCUAAGGUGUGGUUAUGGGUGAGGGUUCCAGUCUUGCCUUCACUCCCCGAGCAUCAGACGUUAUUCCCUGCAAUCCACUCAAAAUGAGCCCCCAUUGGAAAGAGGAAGGAACCGCUCCAUUUCCAGCAAAGUCUAUGGAGCACCCUGUACUUUUAAGAACGCUAGCCCCUUUGGGUCUGAAUAUGUGUGCAUGUGUGAGUGUGUGUGUGUGUGUGUGUGUGCACGCGUGGGUGUGUCUGCCCCAGAAGUAGGCAGAGAGCUCAGAAGGAUUCCUUGUCCUAUGUAGGGGACUGUGAAGUGUUUCCCUUCUCCACCCUUGCUCAUUCAUCGCAGCUUCAGGACAUUUCAACGCUAGCUUUCCAUGCUGAGCACGGGUGGAUGGAAGGAGAGCCACCUGUCUGUAGGAAACCAGGGUGGUCACUGGCCGAAAGCGGCCUGGACCUGACUAGAGGCUGGGUGGAGGUGACCCACAGCAGGGCAUUAUGUGGCGUCAAGGAGGACAAAUGGGGACAAAACACAAGUAGCCUAACGACAGGAAGGGGAGGAUGGGGAUGAGACACACGCCAAGGGGGAAAAAUAACCAAAGGUUUGGCAGAUAAAGUGCCAGGUGAGGAGCGUGGGAUUUCUACCCUUGACCAUUUUAUUUCCUCCCAAGAAGCCACGGGCCCUGGCCGGAAAGCAAGCACGUGGGAGGCAGGCGGAGGAGGCUCCACGGCCACUGAGAUGUAUUUGCACACAUGAGGGGUUGGGGAGGUGAGAGACACAAACCUAUUUAACAGAUUUGCUGAAUGCAAGCGAGUGUAUGUGUGAGCGCAUGUAUGAGUGAGUGUGUUUGAUUUAUUUUUUAAGUUUUGCACAGUUAGAAAAAAAUGAACAGGCAGACAAGAAGACUGUUAUCAUGGUUCUGCUGAAGCUUUUAUUUUUUACCGGAUUAUUAUUAUUGUUGUUAUCGUUCCUUUGUCGGUACAGAACUUCCCCCCCUGACCCCCGCCAUGUUUUGUCACAAGAGAAACUUCAAAACCCUCAGAGAAACCUCAAUGUCAGGAAGAAAGAGGAGAGGACAGACAGUCUCCUGGCUCUCCUCCUUUCUCCCAGAAGAGGGUUUGAGGACAGAUUUUACCCUAAUUGUUGGCGGGGGGCAGGUGUGGGUCGCUGCUGGUGUUUUGUUUGCCGAAGCCUCUGCAGCCUGCUCGGGCUGGAGAGAGAGGAUAGACUCACCCAGAGCUGCAACCUGUCUUGCCCACAAAAAUUCUCUUUCCUUUCGCUGUUUGUUUUCCAUUUCUUCCGUUUGGAUUCAUGGUGCAUGUGUGAUACGUUUCAAAGUACAGACGAGGCAGCAUUGUCAAAAAGCUGUCCUUGCCUCCCCCAUGUUCUUUCCAGAACUCCCCUUGGGAUCCCCGAUCUCCUCCGGGCAGGCCAGAGACCCCGAGAGCUGCCCGGGGGGACAUGUGGGCCAGCACACCGCAGAGAAGGGAGCUGGGCAGACUGGUCCGGUGGAAGGGAGCCCCCCCGAGGCCCCCCCCCCCCCCCCCCCGUGACAGUGAAUUUCCAGGGUCAUAACUCUGUUUAAGGUGGAAUCUUUAUCUAACUCCUUGAGUCCCAGGCAGAGAGGAAGGGAGACAAGGCCCAUCUCCUCUCACCUCUCCCUUCAACCACCUCCUGCACCCUCCACCCCUGAGAUGGUGCUGGGAGAUCCCACAGUCAGAAUAACUGACAUGGGUUAGGUGGGGAUUUUGAAUGUAGAAGGGAGAUGGGCUGAAGGCUGGUAGUGGUAGGAGGUGGGGAGCUUGGUGGGGUCCCGAACUGAAAAGGAUGGAUGGAUAGAAGCUGAGAAAGACAGCUGCAGGCAGGUCACUCCUCUCGCGGGGCAUGAGUCUCCCCACGUGUGGGCUUUGCCAUCCUUUGUCCUUCCACGGAAGGAGAGACCCCCACAUCUCUCGGUAACUGCAGGCGGUACCACUCAGUGAAGUUGGCUAUGGUGUCAGUUAAUUCCUCAGGAAAAUAUUUUUUUCUUGCCUUCUUUCAAUGUGGUCUGAAUUUGGGGACCGAGGACAACCUGAGUGUUCACAGGCCAAAGUAGGCUCACACCCCCAGGGCGCCCUAGACCCUCCCUCUCGGGAGCCGGUGGGCUGGCGGGUCAGGCCCCGGAUGCUUGAGCAGGGCUACGGUCGAGAGAGAAGUCAUUUUCAGUAACCCCAAAGUGAAGCAGACUGUCCAGGACUGUGCCAGGCAGAAGCGGGAGUCGCCGACAGGUAAGGUCGUUGACCUGGUCCGCUCGGGCCCCCGUCUCACCCCGCCCCCUGCCAGCCUUGGGCUAAUGUCGAGGUACUGUCCCAGCACCCCACUUCCCCCUGCCCGAGGUCCUUGUGCUCAUGUCCCUCUUGCAUGUCUGGCUUCUGAGGGUGUCCCUCCCCUGCAGAGGGGAGUGUGUCCCCUCAUCCCCCUCACCUGCAGUCUCUGCCCCAAGGCCAUGCAUCCACUCUUACCCGGAGCCUCCGACCUCACAGCCCAGCACCCCUUCCCCCGCACCACCCUGGGGAGGCCCUAGGCCCCUCACACCCUUUUGACAAUGCCUCCAUGAGUAGUUGAGGGUCAGGCCCUGGGGACCCCCAGCAGAGGAGCCACAAGCAAUGAUUUCCCAAGCACCCUCCAGUCCAAGAGGCAAGUCCUGCUGAUGUUUCCAGAGCCCUUAACAACCUAUUAAGAUGGGGCUCGCUUUGACCUAAUAGGCAAAACCCUAUUUUCCAUCUGUCUCCGUUCUUAGGAAUAAGGGGACACUGCCUUUGGCUUCAUAGGAUGUAAAGUCAAAUACUUAACCUAGUGAAGGUUAAGCUUAUUCAUCAAGAACAAACUUUCCCACCUCUCACAGAGCAAGGAGGAAGGGGAAGAGGCAGGGAGGCCCAGAGACACCCCUUCAGGGAUGUCCCAACAGGCAGUCCCAGAGAGAGUCUGAAGGGCCUCCGAAAGGCAUUCCUGGGAAGGACUAACCCCCAGGCACCAAGAGUCCCCAAGAGAAGACCCUACCCUGGGCGGAUCCUGGCUCCUUCGUGGCCUUUCUCCUUGCUCCUAGUUCACAUCAAGGCCCUCCCGUCAGCCCCCCAUGCCUCCAGUCAGCUCCCAGGACAGGUGACAGAGGGCCCUUGACCCCUCAGCCCCUCCUUGUUUCUUUAUUCUGUAUGUGGGCUGUUUGUUUGGGGUUUGAGGUUGGUAAUUUUUUGUCUGUAUAUGUUUGAGAUUAAGGAGGGAGCCCAGGUGUGGGUGAAAAGUCCAAAUUGCUGGAAGGAAGAAACAAGACUCUUCACCUGUGACUUGCAGGGAUGAAGAGAGCCACAGGGCUGGGGGGGGGGAGGGGCUCCCCGUUGUUAGAAAAUGGAUCCAAAUAGUUCCCAGAUGUGGACGCGCCAGUCCUGGGGAAGCUGAUACUCUUGGUGCUUCCCCUGCACCUCUGAUAGCUGGGGCCUGCAAUGCUACCCCUCCUCCACCUGCCUCCUGCCACCUCACCCCUACAGGGGUGGCAAACGAGAGCCUUUACGGAGCAGGAAGCUGAGGUACGGCCACAGGUGACAUUGGAGAGGCAGCUCCAGAGGCUGGGACACCAUGAGCCUCUGAGAGUAGGGGGCCCUCCGCUGGAAAACUUAUAAAGACCAUUCCUCCCAUUCAGAAAGGAGUCUCUGUAGGAAAAAUUUCAGACUUUCAAAAGCGACCUUUUUUUUAACUACAAAUCUUUGCUCCCCGAUAAAAAUUGUGGGGUUUGUGUUUAGUAGGGGGGAGUAUCCAACUUUAUAAAAUAGGAUUUUUUUGGUUGUAGAAGUAAUCAUACUCAUUAGAGUCUCAAAUUCCUUGAGUAGACUGGUGACAACCCCCAAAGCAAAGCUAAAUGAAACAAAAGCCCUAAUAAAUGAAAAGAGGUGUCUGUCUGUAUUGGCAGAGAUAGUGAGGUGGGUGGGGGGCUCUGUGCCCUCAGCUGGGUGCACCCCACCUUCCCUUCUCCUCACCCCCUUUCGCUUUGUCCAGUCUUGGCUCUCUGGGCUGCCCCUGGUGUGGCUGAGUCCCGUGCGGUUACCAUCAGCUUCCCUCAAACCCUAGGGACACCCUGUUAAGGAUCGGUCAUGGAGGGAUGAAGUCCCCUCCCCUGAGAAUGCAAAUGCCCAUGGCAAAUAGGCACGGGCUAUGAAGCUCAUCUUCCGCCAUUUUUUUUUAAAUCUGGAAUUAGAACAUCUUUUGUUAGUAUCUUUGAUCUUAUGACUCAAGCACAUUUUGGAAGGGCUCCCUUCCAAGAGUGGAAUUCAAAACAGAGGAUAUGGCUUAAAGAGCAACACAAAGGACGCUUAAUAAAGUGAGACCGUGUACCAAACAGGACUGCUGGAUGCAAGUCAGGCCCACGACCAAGAUGGGAUACGUGUCUCGUGUGUUCUCCUUCCUUCUCCCUUCCCUGAUGUUCUCCCCAGCUGUUGGCUCGUUCAACCUUCCGUUCUUUAAAAAGAAAAGCUAGUUUACCUCAAAGAAUCUUGUUUCCAUUUGGAAACCAAUGACUUUGUGUUCUAGAGUAGAUGACCCUCCCCUCCAUCACUCCUUGCCUGGGUCUGGUGUGCUUGAGGCCUGAGGUCCUUGCUUAGUCGUGUGAUGGCGAUGUUGACCAAGAACAAGAGCCCCAGGCCCUGAGAUAGACAGGAAGGGUUGGGUGCAGCUGGCCUCCUCCCCACCUUAGCUGGUAAGGACCAGCCUAUCUCUGCCAGCAGGGUCCUGCCAAGUCACCAUUGUAACCAGCAACUCCAGGGUACCACCAACAGAGAACGGCUCCAUGAGCCGAGGUGCAGGGGAAGCGGAGUCUGGCCUGGUCACACAACCCAGAGUCAAGUCAAAUACUAGCGGGAAGAGGAGAACAGGAAAGAAUGAAUGGGUGGUUUGAGGAACAGGCAGAGGCCUUUGAGUCUCAGAGAGAGGCUGCUGAAGGAGGUAGGGCGGGUCAUUCCUGCUCCAGUCGCCCCCUUCCAGCCCCGCCCCACCUCUGUUUCCAUAAAGCUCCCACCUUGAACACUGACCCUUUGUUAGAACAAAGCAAAACAUAUCUUUAGACAACAGUGUUACAAUGAGCCUCAAAGAUAGGUGGAUGAAAUCUUUUGGAGGAAGAGGGUCUUCUGGUUUUGAUUUAAAAAAAAAAAAAAAGAGUAUCCUAGCAAGAUUAAAAAAAAAAAAGAUUUAAAAAGUAAAGUUUUUAAAAAGGAAACCUAUGCUAUUUAAAUUGGAGCCCAGUUGUAACUUGGUAAAGGCAAGCUUCUGUACCUUUGUUAUAAUUAAUUGUAUACCUGUGUAUGUAAAUAUAAGGCAUUCCUAUUUUGCAGUUCAGAACAAAAAAAAAAAAAACCUAUUUGUAAUAUAGAAUAAAGUUUAUUAAAAAAUAAUAAAAAUGCA